CCCCCAUCCUGCUACUGGAGAAUUCUCAGCACUGCCGGGGUGGAGCAGUCUGCCCUCAAGACCCUGGACUGCACUGCUAUAGGAUUUCCACCAGUCAAUUCACACAAAGUGCCAUAAGUUCCUGGUGUGAUGCAGCAGUCAGAAAAUGGAGGCCGACGCACCCUGGUGGAGGUCAUCAGUGAAAAAUACAGCACAGAGAAUUUCCCGUACUGCCGUGGGCCCGGUGUUGGCGUGGUCGUGCGGUCCAGCCCUCAAGGCUCACCUGUAAAAAAUCGGCUGAACUUGCCCAGCGUGCUGGUUUUGGAUGGGUGUGGCAUCACCGAGGCCGGAGAUGAGGAAGAGGUGGCAACAUUCUGUGCCCACGUCGUGGAACUGGACCUGUCCCACAAUCAGCUACGGGACUGGGGAGAGAUCACUAAGAUUCUGUCCAACAUCCCUCACCUGGACUUUUUAAACCUGAGUAUGAAUCCUCUGAGAGGUGCCUCUCUGGAGCCCAGUGCUGCUGAGGCCUUCUCAGGCCUACGACGCCUCGUCCUCAACAACACACACGUGUCCUGGGACAUGGUCCACACGCUCACUGGAGAGAUACCAGAGCUGGAGGAGCUGUUCCUGUCUCUGAAUGAGUAUGAACGCGUGAGUGUGUCACCUAUACCCUGCUCUUCCCUGCGGUUGCUCCAUAUCACUGAUAACCUGCUGCAAGACUGGGCAGAGGUGCGUAAGCUGGGUCUUAUGUUCCCCGGUCUGGACUCCCUCAUCCUGGCCAAUAACAGCCUGACCUCCAUAGACGAACCUCAGGAUGCCUUGCACACAGUCUUUCCCAAGCUGCACAGCAUUAACCUACACAACUCAGCCCUGAGUCGUUGGGAGGACAUCGAGAAGCUGAAUUGUUUCCCUAAGCUAAAGGAAGUGAGACUGAUGGGUAUACCCUUACUACAGCAAUACACAGAGCAGGAGAGACGCUGUCUGAUCGUAGCACAGUUGCCUGGUGUAUCUGUGUUGAAUGGCAGUAUUGUAACUGAGGGAGAGAGAGAGGACGCUGAACGCUUCUUCAUACGCUACCACCUGGACUGCCCCGAGCAGGAGUUACCUCAGAGGUACCACAGUCUGGUAGAACGGUAUGGACGUCUGGAGCCUCUGGCGGACGUGGAUCUCCGCCCGCAGCGCAGCGUGCGGGUGGAGGUGCGGUGCGGAGACAAGGUGGAGGGUCUGAAGCUCCGGCUCGAGCAGACGGUGGCCGAGCUGAAGAAGCAGCUGAGGCCCGUGGUGCAGCUGCCGCCCAGUCGGAUGCGAGUAUUUUACAUCGACAGGCAGUUGGGCUACGCCCGCUCGCCCCAGGAGCUACUGUACGGGAGCCUCGCCCUGCACUCUCUGCGCAUUCGGGACGGAGACGAGAUCCUGGUGGUGCCAAAGAACAACUGAGAGACGCCGGGGCGAAAACAAUCUCCGUCGCAGGACGAAGGACCGUAGCUUCUAAGCGGGAAAGGAAACACUUGAAAUCCUAUGCAGUAAAACAAGGCAUUAAUCACUGUAGCCAUUUCACCUGUCCUUUUAUGCAUGGAGGGAAAGAGAUGGGUCUGUCUUUCUUAUGGACUGUUUUUUCUCCGUUGUGGAAGUGUUUGAGAGUAACGCUGGGAAUACACUGUACAGAUCCCCAAGUCAUAUGCUGGUCAGAUGAACUCACACACUGCAUUCGUUCUCUUCGAAAUCACAGUUGAAGGGUUAUUGUUGACGUUAAGGUGGGCACACAUAAGGCGGUCAGCUAUCAGGAAACAGCCGAGAGGGUGGCUAUUACACCCUCUCCGCUGGACCAGAGAGUUUGUCACAUUCAUAAAAGCACAGAGAGGUUUACAGACAAAGUUUGCAGGUUCGUCAUCUCACAUCGCUGGUCCUCUUGCCCUCUGUGCUGCAAUUCCUCAUUUUCUCACCGUGAUCCAGAAAAUUCCAUUUAAGGUCAAAUCAUAUCAGAGAUCACACCGUGUUUCCUCAGCACUAGCCGGUCCUACUGACAUACAAAGAUUUCCCCCAAAGUAACUAGGGGAUAAGAUGUUAUCUCAACCGCCGCA